AAAAAAUAUCCCAAACUGUCAUCUAAAAAAAAUUUGACAGCAAAAAAAAAUACCCGCCUUUCGCUACUACAGAAUAUAAAAAAUAUACAACCAAAACAAUGGGUUCAGCUACAAAAGUUGGAGAGAUAUUUACGGCGGCCGGCCAAGCAUUCAAUCGUCUAGGAGAAUUAACAAUGCAAUUACAUCCCAGUUCUGACUCACCAUCAGGGAGCAAAUGGACAGAUGAAGAAAUCGAAAUGUUGCACUCAUCGAUAACCCGUUUCUCCGAAGAUCUAAGCAAAAUAAGCUUACGAAUUAAAAACCGAACAGUAUCACAAAUACGUCAGACACUGAAAAAGAAAGCCUACGAAGAUGCUGGAAUCCCAGCUAAACAAGUCCCAGCCAGCCAAGUCCAACACAUCCUCCAGGCGCAACCUGUCCAAAUCCAACAACAACCGCAGACUUCUCACCAACAACCAAAACUCAUACAACAGCAAGUAAUCAUCCAACAGGCGCCAAUGACAGUCAGUUCGCAAUUGCAACAGCUUCCACAGACUAUACAAACUCAACCCCAUCAGUCACCUCAAACAGUCACUAUUCAACAACUGCAGCAGGUGAAAACGGAGCCGGUGGUUGUGGACAAUAGUGCAACUGGACUGAUGACUGGGACAAAGUCUGGCGACAUGAUGAUGACCCUCAAUCGAUUGAAUACACAAGAGAACGAAGUCGAUGUGGAAUGUCUGCCAUCUGACGUUAAAUUGGAGUUUACCGGUGAGGAGGUGGCCGGGUGAAAUCCAGCCCAAUAUGACGAAUAUUAUUUCUUCAAAAAGUAAAAAAAAAAUGACCCCUUGCGUUGUGACCCCCAGCACUAAACUCACGUCGGACCCCGAAAUAAACCCCAAUCCAAACUCUAUCUCGACAAAUUAUUUUGGCUUUCUUUAAUUAGUUUAUUAUUGUCUAAGUAUUAUUGUGUAAAAAAAAAAUAAUGAAUCCCGUUUGAUUACAAUUUAUAUAACGGCAAAAUUUAUCUUGUACAAAUAAAAAAUAUCCUAAAUAAUGUAAUUGGUUAUGACCUCUUAUUAAUUAAACCCUUUAAAAUCAAA